CCCAACUUUUCUGAUUAUUUUAUAUUGAAUACUAAUACUAUUAAAAAGUAUAAAAACUGGGAGGGGCAAUGGCCCCCCUACCCCUCAAUGUAGAUCCGUCCCUGCAUCUCAUACACCAGCUCGUCUCUCAAUAAAAAAUAAAGCUUGAAAUUUAGAAUGAUUUUAUUGAGAUUGAAAUUUUUUCGUGUGGAAUAGUUUGGUCGGAUAGAUCCAGGGGUGGACGUACAGCGCAAACUUCUACUAGCUUCUUUUAAUUUAGUAAGAAAUAUCUCCAACCCAAUACAAUUGCCCCCAGUUAAAAAAUAAAAAUGCCCCUAUAUACCUAGCUCAAUCGGCAGGAAGAUGGGGGUGUUGGGAUGCAUAGGGGUGAUUUCCCCGUUCCCGUUCUACUACUGGCUCUGGACUCGUCCUCAAGCAUGGGUGGAUCUUUGCGGGGAACUGCGAGAUCCAUCUCACGCCAUGGGCAUGGUUUCUCACGCGCUCAAGCUCCUCCAGUUCCUCUCCCUUCUCCCCGUCUCCUCGCUUUCUUGGCCCCCGCCUUUCUACUUCUGGCCUCUCUUCUCGUUUGGUCAGUUCCUCAACUUCAGGGUAUACCAAUUGUUAGGAGAGUCAGGGACCUACUAUGGUGUUCGGUUUGGGAAGAACAUUCCGUGGGUGACACAGUUUCCAUUUGGAGUCAUAAGGGAUCCACAGUACGUUGGUAGCAUAUUAAGCCUUAUCGCUUGUUUGUCAUGGGUCCCUUUCUCGUAUAUCCUCCUUUGGAUCCUCGGCUAUGUGUUUAUGAUUUAUGCAGAGUCUAAGGAAGAUCCAUCAACUCGUGCUAAGCCAUUGAACCAAAACUAGUU